CGGCUGCGCACGUUCGUUUCAAAAUCAAAACAAAAACAGUAGUUUUGUGAAUUUCCGCGAGUUUUUUUGUAAUUUAUUAAAGAAAAUCCGCAAAUUUUAUGUCUAAUUCGUGUGUAAUCAGAUAAUAAAGAAGCUGCUUUACAAUGACUGCCGCCAACAAAGUGGAUAACUCGCUUCGACCUAUGCACUGCGAGCUGAAUCUACUGACCCGAUCCGAUGGAUCGGCAAUGUUGACCCAAGGCGAAACAGCAGUGGUGGCCUCCGUGAACGGUCCCAUCGAGGUCAAGCUGCAGCACAUGAAUGUGGAGAAGUCACACAUCGACAUCUACUUCAAGCCCCGGUCCGGAAUGGGCAGCGUAAAUGACCGGCUGCUGGAGAGCCUCAUCAAAAACACGUACGAAACGGCCAUCCUGACCGGAUUGCACCCGCGCACGGCCGUCUCGAUUCAGAUCCAAGAGAUGCAGGACCAGGGUGGACUGGUGGCCUGUGCCAUCAAUGCCGUGUGUCUGGCGCUGAUGAACAGCGGCAUCGAAAUGAGGUACCUGGUGGCGGCGGUGCACUGUGUGCUGCGGGAGGAAGAUAGGGAGAUUGUGCUGGAUCCGGAUGCGCUGCAGUCGAAGGAUGCCCGGGCGAAGUUUACGUUUGUGUUUGAGAAUUGCACGAGGAAUACGGUGUCGAUCUAUACGCACGGGAAGUUCACGACGGAACAGUACCACCGGGCGCUGCAGAUGUCCGAGGAAGCAGUGGAGAAGGUUUUCUCUUUCUACGGGGAGAUUGUGGGGAAGCAGCGGGAGGUGCUGUGAGAGAAUAUAUGGAGCUGGUGGUGAGUCGAUGUG